ACGGAAUUGUUUUCAAAAAUUAUUUAAAGCAGUGAAUACAUGAAGCGAGAGAUAAUAAAAUUGCAAGAAUUCCUUAUAUACGUUAGAAAAAAUUAAAUAAAACAAUUGGCGUUUCAAAUGCAUGUGGAUUGAAGAGUCGGAGAGGGAAUUUUUUGUAAAAAAAAUUUUUCAAUAAAAUUUAUUGUAAAUGAUUUUUAAUAAAAAUUUGCUAAAAUUUCCGUAAUGCAUAAAGCGUAUUAACGCCCACUUCUAUGACUUAUGGAUGUUAAAGCAAUGGCCGCUAUUGAGCAUACAUUUUUAGGUACUUGGGAGAUUGUCUCCUGUACGUUCGAGGGUCAAAAGGAAAUAUCCGGUUUAGAAGGCAUAAAAUUUCGUUUGGAUGAUACCAGUGACAUUACUUGGUAUAACGAUUUGGUUAAUCCUUUGCCCGAAACGAAAGACUACGAUAGCUGUUGUGAUUCGGCCAAUGUCCUAUUUACCUGUGAAACAUUUGAAGUCAACGAGAAUAAUCCACGUUUAAUAUUUGGUGCUUUUGCCGGCCACAGCAUAGAAUUCAGUACCACAACAUUAACGCCUACUGAUUCGCUGAUAUUAUUUUGCGAAAAUUGGUAUGCUUUGGAAUGUAAACGUUUAAAGGAAGACCAGGCCGCCGGUCAGGCAAAGGAAUUCUCUUUUGCCGAGUCUCUAAACGAAUCAUAUUUUAGUGAUGUCAUUAUUAAAAGUUCAGACGGUUAUGAGUAUUAUGUUCAUGCUUGCAUAUUACGUUUAAAUGGUUUUGAUUGUAGCAUGUGUGUUCAGAAUAAUUGCGCACCGACAAUACCUCAAACGCGACAACAAACCCAAUCCCAAAUUAAGGAGAAUACCAGCACAGCAAAAACAAUAAAUGCCAUAACUAUUUCGGUAACUUUGCCCAAUACGACGCCUUUAGAAGAUCAUGAAAAAUCAUUGCCAACAUUAAAUUUAUCACCGAUUUAUCUGAAGCCGCCUGUAGAUUGUCAUACCUCAGCAACGUCAGCGGAACGUCUUUCUAAGUUGUCUUCAUCCUAUAAUUGCCUUUCAUCGGUCACGACCACCAAAUUUUCAACCAAUGGUAGUAAUACCAAUUUAUUACACUUGGAAGCGGGUGGCAUGCGUCGUUUUCCGCCCACAUCACAUUCCGAUUCUCAUUUGGAAGCACAUCAUUUGCGUCAGUCGAGCAAGAAUAUCUUUAACUUUUGUCAAGAUUUAAUGCUGCAGCAGAAUCAGCAGCCGCAACAACAACAACAACAACAACAACAACAACAACAACAACAACAACAACAACAACAACAACAUCAACAAUCUGGAGAGCCAUGCAAUCCAUUAGUUUGCAACAUCCGGCGACCUCCUUUGUCACCUUAUCGCGCUAGAAGUCCUUCACCAUUUCCUAGUUCUAUGGAUACACCGCCUUCUUCACCUCUAACUCCGGUCGCUGUUUUAUAUGAUUUGCCUACUUUCCUUCUCACGCCGAUCUUACAUUGGCUUUACACCGAAUCAUUGUUGCCCGACUUAGAUGAAGACGUUUGUGAGAAAUUGAUUAAUUUUUCGGAAAGUCAGCCGUCAUUAACAAAAAUGACGGAUUCAUUUAAGAGAUAUUUAAAACUAAUUAAAUUGAAGAAAUUUGUUGUUGACAUCGUUAUGGAUUUGCAUCAAAUAUUAAAUCGCACAAUACAAACCAUUAAUCCAGUAACUAUAUCUCAUGUCCCAUUUAUACUUUGCGAUACAUUUAAGGAUUGCCUUAGAGAAUGUUUUGUAGGAUGUGCCAAAAUUUUACAAUUUUGUAAUAUAUUCAUUAAGGAUGCCGCCGAUAUUAUGCGCUAUCAGAAAAACGAGAUAAUCAAAUAUAUACGCACUCGCAUACCGGUCUUUAUAUCGCAAUUGCAUCAAUUAUUGGACAAUAUUUUAGAAGUAUUCCUUUACUUGCCCCCCGAAGAGAAGUCCGAAUUGGCUCUUUUCCUAAUACCCGAGGUAGAAAGUGCUUUAAUAACAUUAACCAAUUUGGUAGAAGAAAUUAAAAAUUCCUUAGAAAAAAUGUGCAAAGAUUUGAAAUGCUCGCAUCUGGACUUAUCGAUGAAAAACGCUUCAGAUGAUGCCGUAGCUUUGCAAAUUCAAAAUAAUACCUUUAUUACAGCAAGUGCGAUUGCAGAGGAGACUGGCGUCAAUAGUUUGUUUAGUCAACCACCAUUAUCGCCUAGACCUCGACGAGGUCCACCCUUAGGUUUAACGCUAUACGAUAAUCCCACUGAGAAGCAGCGCUUGUUGAGUGCCGAAAAUGAUUUGAAAUUCGUUUUGUAUAUGUAUGAAGUACGUAAAAUGCGAGAUAUAUAUGGACGUAUAUCGGCCGCUUUGGAUGUGAUCAGAGACAAAAAAAACACUUUUAUCGGGAUGGAUCAUUUAACUAAACGCAACACAAUCUAUGAAAAUAUUCAUCAACUAAUCGGUUACAUACCCGCAUGCAUGACCAUAAUGAAGAGUCUUUCAGAUCGUGUUGAGGGUAAAUUGGGUUGGAAGGAGUUCAAGUUUUGUUUUAAACUGGCCACAUCGCAAAUUAAUGGCGUACUAAUAAAAAUAUUUGAUCAUAAAUCAGCCUUGAAAGAUGCCUUGACGCAGAUUUGCAAAUUAGUACAAAAACAAGAGUUUACACAAUCGCUAAUAGAUUUAGGCCUGUUGGAGCCAUCCAAUGUCUUGGAAAGUGAAUUAAAUACAAUGCAAAAGCAUUUGCCAUCGGAAUUGAGCGGAGAUUACAUGGAGAAUAAAAUCACAAAUGAUUACAAAAUUGUUAAGCUUAACUUGGUAAGACAUUUGUGCGAACCACCUAUAGCUGCUAACAGCAGUCUAUCAAAAAAUGCUUUACGUUUAUUGCAUUCGGCCCAACUAACCGAUAUGGAAUUCGAAGUGCAUACUGUGGCAUCAAUCAUUUCUGGGAAUAGUUGUAAUAUGGGCAACACAACAAAUUAUAGCAUAGACCGCGAGGGAUUGAGCAUGCAGAGCCAUAAAUCAAACUCACAAGUUCAUAUAUUUCGUGCCCAUCGUGUUUUGGUCGCGGCUCGAUGCGAAUGCUUUAAAAAGGCACUAAUGUCGGGCAUGCAAGAAAGCAUCACUAGAAAAAUUAUUAUAACUGACACAUCGCCGGUAAUAUUUCGCCGUUUGUUACUGUAUUUAUAUGGGGCACCAAUUGAUAAAACCGUGGGUGCCGAACAAAUUUGCGAAUUGAUGAUGUUAGCAGACAGAUAUUCAAUAAUUGAUUUAAAGGAAUUAUGCGAAAAUACCUUAAACGCUCUAAUUGAUGAAGACUCGGUGUUGUGUUUAUUGGGUAUUUCGGAUCAUUAUAUGGCCACAGCUUUAAAGUCAAAAUGCUUGUCAUAUCUAUCGCAGAAUUCCCACGUGACCAAAUCUGCGAUGUUUAAGGAAUUAACGAAUUCACUGCAACUUGAAGUCAUGGAUCUAAUACAUUGGUAUGGUCGUGUAGCCGAACCAUGGAAUAAUAGUAGUGGAUUUAAGCCGCGUAGUGCUUCAAGGCAUAGUCUGAGAAGUCCUUCAAAGUCAAGGUCACGGUCGCGAAAAUCAUCGCCUUGUUAAAUAAAUAGAAAGAUGAUAUAAACUAAAAAUGACCUGUUAAUGAAAUGAAGAAAAAAAAAAAAAACAAAACAA